UGAGAGUGUAAUUAAUUAAACAUCGCAGGAGUAUGAAGUUUCAGUAAUGCUGUCCCGAAAUGUGUAUCUAGUAGAUACAGUAAGGGAAGAUAUCGGACGAGUCCUGAAACUAGACUCAAUCAAGGAGGGAGACAAGGUAUGGAAAGACUUGGACGUCUUGAUCUUCAACACAUGGCAUUGGUGGAAUCGCAGAGGCCCCACACAACCAUUUGAUUACUUUGAACUAGGAAAUAAGACCUACAAAGACAUGGAUCGUUUAGCUGCUUUUGAGAUAGCCCUUACUACAUGGGCUACAUGGGUAGAUGACAAAAUUGAUCCCACCAAAACAAGAGUCUUCUUUCAAGGCAUAUCUCCAUCCCAUUACAAUGGCACAGGAUGGAAUGAGCCUGGUGUAAAGAACUGUCGUGGACAAGAGCUACCCUUGACUGGGACUACAUACCCAGGAGGUUUACCUAUGGCCUUGACAGUGCUGAAGAAAGUAUUGAGUGGGAUGUCUAAGCCUGUGUAUUUGCUCGAUGUGACGGAGCUGUCACUGCUAAGGAAAGAUGGGCAUCCUUCUAUCUAUGGAUUUGGUGCGAUGGAUUGCAGCCAUUGGUGUCUCCCUGGUGUUCCUGAUACUUGGAACCAACUACUUUACAAUGGUCUCUUAUGAUCAUAAUAUAUUGAUGAGCUAUGAUGAGAAAGGAUGAAAAUAAGGUAUUAGCAUAUUCAAUUGAUCAAUGUAGCAUUAUUCUUUUUCAUUCUCCUUUCAUUUAUGAUGACAUUAUUGGAAAAAAUAAAGUUUUUCUUUAUAUUUUCCUUCUGGAAA